AAACAAAAUUUGUUUGUUUUUCAUGGGGUGGAUGGGUUGUCAGAAAAUUUACCUUUUUUGAUACUAUUUAUUCUUUAAAAUUCCUUUGCAAAUUACGUUAAAAUGAGGGAAAUCGUGCACAUUCAAGCCGGUCAAUGCGGGAACCAAAUUGGGGCUAAGUUUUGGGAAGUCAUUUCCGAUGAACACGGUAUCGACCCAACUGGAACUUAUCAUGGCGAUUGCGAUCUUCAAUUGGAACGUAUUAACGUGUAUUUUAAUGAAGCAACUGGAGGUAAAUAUGUUCCUCGCGCGGUUAUGGUCGAUUUAGAACCGGGAACGAUGGAUUCGGUUCGUUCAGGACCUGUGGGACAAAUCUUUAGGCCGGAUAAUUUUGUGUUUGGUCAAAGCGGGGCAGGAAAUAACUGGGCUAAAGGGCAUUAUACUGAAGGAGCAGAAUUAGUCGAUUCUGUUAUAGAUGUGGUCAGAAAGGAAGCUGAAGGAUGCGAUUGUUUGCAGGGUUUUCAAUUGACGCAUUCUUUAGGAGGUGGCACCGGUUCGGGUUUAGGAACGUUAUUAAUUUCAAAAAUACGUGAAGAAUAUCCCGAUAGGAUUAUGAAUACAUUUUCGGUGGUUCCAUCACCAAAGGUGUCAGAUGUUGUGGUCGAACCUUAUAACGCUACGUUAUCGGUACAUCAAUUGGUUGAAAAUACAGAUGAAUCUUAUUGCAUAGACAAUGAAGCUCUGUAUGAAAUCUGUUUCCGCACUUUAAAAUUAACAACACCCACAUACGGUGAUUUGAAUCAUUUAGUAUCUGCUACACUGUCGGGGGUGACCACGUGCUUACGAUUUCCGGGUCAACUAAAUUCAGAUUUAAGAAAAUUAGCUGUCAAUAUGGUACCUUUCCCUCGUCUUCACUUUUUCAUGCCAGGAUUUGCGCCUUUAACAUCAAGAGGUUGUCAACAAUAUCGUGCUCUAACAGUUCCUGAAUUGGUACUUCAAAUGUUUGAUUCCAAGAAUAUGAUGACGGCAUGCGAUCCUCGACACGGAAAAUAUCUCACCGUUGCUGCAAUUUUUCGUGGACGUAUGUCCAUGAAAGAAGUUGACGAGCAAAUGCUUAACAUUCAAAAUAAAAACAGCAGUUAUUUCGUUGAGUGGAUUCCUAAUAAUGUUAAAACUGCCGUUUGUGACAUACCACCUAGAGGGCUAAAAAUGUCGUCAACUUUUAUAGGAAAUUCAACAUGUAUUCAAGAACUAUUCAAACGCAUUUCUGAACAAUUUACGGCUAUGUUCAGAAGAAAGGCUUUUCUCCAUUGGUACACAGGUGAAGGAAUGGAUGAGAUGGAAUUUACUGAAGCCGAAUCAAAUAUGAACGAUUUAGUAUCUGAAUAUCAACAGUACCAAGAGGCAACCGCCGAUGAAGAAGGAGACUACGAAGAAGAGGAAGGAGAAGAGGGCGAAUAAUUUUAUUAUAACGACAGUAAAAUUUCAUGCCUAGGAUAAAUUUGGCAAAUGUAUUACAAGUUGUAUUGCAUGAGUCUUCGUUUACCCCACUAUUUGGCAAGAGGAUAAACGUCCGCCGUAUUCUUGGCAUUUUUAUUUCGUCAAUUUUACAAUUUGAUGAUGCUUGAUACUUUUAUGGGGAGAAUGUUAUGAAUGAAACUCGGGAUUUUAAAUUUGAAAUUAUUGUAGUAAUGUAAAUUAUGUGCGUAAUUAAAUUUGUAAUUGAAAUUAUAUUCAUCUUUGAACGAGUUAAAUAAAAUAUUACAAA